AUGGCUGCAGAUGCACAGCAAGAUGGUGUCCUGGACACCCUCCGGGACAUCCAGCAAACCCAGCAACAGCUGCUAAGCUCGCUUGAGUCCCUCAACGGUAAAAUUGGCUCCUCUGCAAUCUCAACGGAGGCGCUAUCGGGGGCCUCCCUGCUACCCGGGGAUAACAAGGAUGCUAAGCAAAAGGAUGCUGAGGCUGCUGAAGAUCUGACGCCAAUCCAUUCAUCAUUUGAGAAUGGAGCGGCACAGCCUAGUUCGGCCUUGUCUCCAGCCAGCCGGUCAGGCUUUACUUCGCGAAUCGUGCUCACGACGUAUCCCAAGCAGCUUGGCAUUGACCCUAUCCCUCUGGACUGGGGAAACUCUGAUCCAUUACAGCGCGGCCCAGUAGUUGUUUCGAGAGCUGCGUCUACCAUUCGUCGCAGAAAUGGUUUCGGUGGCUCGUAUUCGAUUUACUACGCACUGGCUGUUGCUAGCAAGGAACUCAACGUCGAUCACAGACCCGAUUUCACAAAUGCUGAGCCUGCUGCCAACAUUGGACCAUUCCCUCAAUGGGGCGAUAAAAAGAAGAUCGUUGCCAUGGAUCCUUGGGGUCACUUGGUUCCAUGGACCUUCAAGGAUAUUAUUGAAAAGCAAAACGUCGAUAUGCGACCAACAAUUGCUAUUACGAAGGCUCAUAUGAAGCUUCCCGAACUUGAAGAGAGUGUGAAGAGUGGUCGACUGGUUCCCGAUGGGAAAGUGUGCUUGAACGAGCGUGGAGAGUUGGCAGUGACCAAAUUUGCUGUCGAGCCGGUUUGGUACCUUCCCGGUGUAGCAGAGAGAUUUGGAAUUGUCAUAGAUGAGGCUACUUUGCGCCGCUCUCUAUUUGAACACACGGGAGGAAGCUAUCCAGAGUUGAUAACCCGUGGAGACAUCAAAGUCUUCCUCCCACCAAUCGGCGGGUUGACUGUAUAUUGCUUCGGUGACCCUGAGAAAAUGUCGGAUGAAAAUGUUCGGUUGUCACUGAGAAUUCACGAUGAGUGCAACGGAAGCGACGUUUUUGGCUCCGAUAUUUGUACAUGCCGGCCUUACCUAAUCUUUGGCAUCGAGGAAGCUGUCAAAGAGGCUCAGAAUGGUGGCAGUGGUGUAGUUAUAUACUUCAGAAAAGAAGGUCGCGCUCUUGGAGAAGUGACAAAGUACUUGGUAUACAACGCACGCAAGCGUGGCGAGGAUCGAGCAUCCGACUAUUUCAUGAGGACUGAGAAUAUUGCUGGUGUGAAAGACAUGCGCUUCCAGGCUCUGAUGCCAGAUAUCCUUCACUGGCUAGGCAUUAAGAAGAUCGAUCGCAUGUUGAGCAUGAGCAAUAUGAAACACGAUGCCAUAGUUGGUCAAGGAAUCCCCAUCCACGAGAGAGUGGAACUUCCAGAUGAGCUCAUCCCCGCCGACUCAAGAGUUGAAAUCGAUGCCAAAAUUACUGCUGGCUAUUUCACGGCUGGUAAACGGUUGACGGCUGAAGAAUUGCAAUCUGUACAAGGCAGACUUUGGGAAGAGUGA